AUGGCACCACCGUAUGACUACAUCAUCGUUGGAGGCGGUACAGCUGGGCUUACCGUUGCCGCUCGUCUGACCGAGGACCCUACCAUCAGUGUCUUGGUCAUUGAAGCUGGUGACAUCCAUCGUGAUGACCCUCUAAUCAACACACCUGGGCUGAUGGCCGGUACCUAUGGCAACCCCAAGUAUGAUUGGGGCUUCCGCUCCGUUCCUCAGAAAGAGCUCAACAACCGAAUCAUCGCUCAGCCAAGGGGCAAGGGGCUGGGUGGUUCAUCCGCCAUCAACUUCUUGAUGCUAGUCCACCCUUCGAGGAAGAGUCUAGACUCCUGGGAAGAGCUAGGGAAUGAAGGUUGGGGAUCCGACUCCAUGGCCCCUUAUCUUUGUAAAUUUGCUACUGUGCACGACCCUCCACAAGCCGCGAAAAAUGCCUUAGACCUAUCCUACCAUAAUACAGAUCUCGGUAGCGAAGGUCCCGUCAGCGUCUCCUACUCUGAAGGAUAUGGUACGACGAACAAAGCCUGGAUGAAAUCAUUCAAGAACUUCGGACUAGAAGUAGCCGAUGAUAUCAGACCCGGCGGUGCGUUAGGGGCUUUCCAACAACCAGCCACUAUUGAUCCAGAAACCAAGACCCGAAGCUAUGCUCUCACGGCCUACUACACCCACGAGAUCGCCAGCCGAAAGAACCUGACCGUGAUUACGAACACUGUGGUGAAGAGACUUCUUUUCGACACCUCUGGCGUCGAGCCUGUUGCGCAGGGCGUAAUUACCGUACCAAGCAACGGCCCAGGCCCUGAGACUGUCAUCCAUAGCAGUGAAGUCAUACUCGCAGCAGGUUCCCUCAUGACCCCGCAAAUUCUCGAGCUCUCCGGGAUCGGGGAUCGCUCACUUCUUGAGAGUCAUGGCGUACCUGUCAUUGUUCAUAAUCCUUCGGUGGGAGAGAACCUUCAAGACCAUCCCAUCGCUUGCCAGAGCUUCGAGGUGAACCCGGACACACCCUCGAGCGAUGUGCUUCGAGAUCCAGCAAUCUUCCAAGCACUGCUGCAGAAGUACACAACUUCAAACGGUGCUGGGCCUCUGGGCCAAUCUAAUAUCAGCGUUGCUCUCAUGCCUCCCACAGAUGCGUCAGGAGUAAUAUCAUCCCAGGGACGCAAGGAUCUAUUCGAUAGCAACGCUGAGCAUCUGAAUUCAGACGACAGCAAAACCUUGCGGGCCAUCCUAAAAGCGGGGACGAGGCCACAGCAGAGGCAGGUCAACACUGUAGUUUCGGAGCCGAGCAGCAUGGCCGAAUAUUUGAUCCCCGCAAGGCCAGAGAACUACCUCACGAUCAUGACGCUGCUCAACCAUCCCUUCUCACGAGGCAGCGUGCACAUCAAGAGCUCUAAUAUCCACGACCUGCCAGUCUGGGAUCCCAACUUCGGCUCCAAUCCUUUCGACACGGAGCUCAGUGCUCGCCAUCUCCAAUUUGUCGAGACCCUUAUCAAAACCGAGCCUUUUUCAGCUUUAUUGAAGACUGAUGGCGCUCGAAUUCCAAGUCUGAAAGCUGAGACAGUUGAAGACGCCAAGGAGAUAGUUCGCCAGUCGCAAGUUAGUGACUUCCACCCCGCUGGCAGCUGCGGUAUGAGGCCAAAGGACAAGGGAGGCGUCGUGGAUAGCGAGCUUCGAGUUUAUGGCGUGAAGGGUGUCCGUGUUGUCGACGCGAGCAUCUUUCCGCUUGAACCUGCUGGCAACAUUCAGAGUCUUGUGUACGCUGUUGCUGAAAAGGCGGCGGAUUUGAUCAAGCGAGGGCGAUUAAAGGCCCAUGAAGAGAGAGGAGAAUUUGUGAGUAUCAAAGAAGGAGGAGAAUUUUUGAAUAUUCCAGAAAGAGCAGAAUGUUUAAAUAUUGAAGAGAGCACAGACAGCUUAAACAUCAAGCUCUCUAUCGUUGUUUAG